AUGUGGACGCGUUUGACUGCCAUUCUCCUGGUGGCGGUGGUGGCGUUGGCCACUGCCCGCCCCUUUGAGAGCCGCGACGCAAACUUGCUUCACGACCUGGCUCCGACGGCCACCAACGGAAGCUGCCUCACUCCUCAGCAAGACAAGGAACUCAAGGAGGCCAUCACCGGUAUUCACAUCACCUUGACCGCCACCGUGACUGCCCUUGACAUUGCUGCUGCUGCCGAGUCAAACCCUGACACCAAGCAAAGCCUUGAGCUGGCCGCCAAGAUCAUCGAUGCGGUCAACAUUGAUCUCGUGAACAAUCUGACCGCCAUUGUCGACAGCUCGUGCGGCACCUGCUCUCAGAUUGCCCAGGUGGUCAACAUGACCGUCAUUUCCAUCGAGGAGACCCUGAACCGCAUCGAGCCCAACUGGCGCAACGACACCGUGUACAAGGUCAUUGUGCAGGCCGUCAACGACAUUCUUGCCAUUGUCGAGACGGUCUGCCCCGAUUCAGCUCUGCGCUUGCGCCUUGGCGAUAACAAUCAGUGCCUCAACGCCAGCCAAGUUCGCGUUUUGGAACAGGUGGUCACUGGCAUCCAAAUUGUCCUGACCGCCGCUGAAAUGGGCCUUGAGGUCGCGGAGAGCGCGGAAACGGAUCCUGCCACCAAGCAGAAGCUGGCCGAGGCCGUGCGUGACAUGAAGAUCAUCAGCCACGACCUCAUUGCCAAUCUUACCACCAUUGCUGAGAGCAACUGCUCCACCUGCUCUGCCAUCGUCGCCACCGUGGACGAGGCCAUUGUCAUCAUCGAGAACACCCUGACGGACAUUGACCCCGACUGGCGCAACGACCAGCUUUUCCAGGCCAUCUUCCAAGGCAUCCAGCAGAUCCUCGGCUACGUCACUGACCUCUGCCCAUCAUCGGUUGGCCGCCUGCUCGAGAAGCACCGCCUCUCCCUUGCUGCUGCUGCCCGCGCCGGUCAGCACUAA